UUUUUCCGUUCAGGGGUCGCAUCUUGCAGCGGGACUGGCGACUUGUGUUCGCGGUCAGCGUGUUUUAUUCCGACAGAGCCGGCGUGUGACGUCACGAGGAGCCUGCCGCGAGCGCUGCUAGCUGGACACCAUGAGCUCUGAUUUCCAGAGUGAAGAUGAAGCCCACUGUGCCGCUUGUACUUCUGGUCCUGCUUACUGUAGCAGGACAAAGCCAGGCCCAGGUCAAGAGCUCAAUUUUGGAUUUGACCAACAGCGUCAGGAGCAUCCUUCCCAGUCUGAGCCGGCCAGCAAACCACAGCCGCAUCUUCUAUGCAGUGAUGUUUGAUGCUGGGAGCACAGGGACGCGUAUUCAUGUUUAUACCUUCAUCCAGAGUCUCUCAGAGGAGCUGCCUGUGUUGGACAAUGAGAUGUUCCAUUCCACAAAGCCUGGGUUGUCGGCAUAUGCUGACUCCCCUGAAAUGGCAGGACACACAGUGAGGAUGUUGUUAAAAGUGGCCAAGAAGACAGUGCCUCGCCUGGAGUGGAAGAGAACUCCAGUGAUCCUUAGAGCCACAGCCGGUCUUCGGCUGCUGGAGGCGGAGAAAGCUCAGGCUCUUUUGGACCAGGUUCAACACGUGUUUGAUGAAUCUCCUUUUUUGGUCCCAGACAACAGCGUCAGCAUAAUGAACGGCACAAAUGAAGGGAUCCUGGCUUGGAUAUCUGUGAACUUUCUAACCGGUCACCUGAAUGCACAAACCCAGAAGACAGUGGGAAUAUUGGAUUUGGGUGGAGGAUCCACUCAGAUCACUUUCCUACCAAAACUCAGGAAAACCAUUGAAAGUGUUCCUGUUAGUGAUUACGUUGCCAAAUUUGGCAUUUUGAACUCAACGUUUCAGUUGUACACUUACAGCUACUUGGGAAAUGGAUUGAUGGCAGCUCGACUGGCGACACUAGGUGCUUUGGGCGCAGAAGGAUUACAAUGGCAGGUUUUUAAAAGUUCCUGUCUGCCAAAGAAGUUCAGGGAUGAAUGGAGCUUUGGGGGACUAACCUAUCAUGUGAGCGGGGACCCAGAUGGUUAUUCGGGAUACAAGCUGUGUUAUCAGGAAGUACUUAAGGUGGUGAAGGGGAUUAUUCAUCAGCCGUUUGAGCUCGAAGACAGCAAUGUUUUCUAUGCAUUCUCCUAUUACUUUGACAGAGCUGUGGAAGCAGGCCUUAUCGAUGGAGUCCAAGGAGGGAUGUUGGAGGUCAGGGACUUCAAGAAGAGGGCUAAAGAGGUGUGCAAUAAGAUGAGCAAGUACCUGCUCAUCAGUCCUUUCCUGUGUAUGGACAUGACCUACAUAACUUGUCUGCUCAAGGAUGGGUUCGGGUUCAAGGAGCGCACAGUGCUGCAGUUGACCAAGAAAGUGAAUAACGUCGAGGCAAGCUGGGCUCUGGGUGCUACGUUGGACCAUUUCCACCACCUGAAGAUCCACUGAGGAGAAGCUUGAAACAAAAACUGCUGGUUUAGGUGGUGCUCAAGAACAAAUGGCAAUGCGCAGCACCUUAUCUAAGAGCCCCAGACAUCUACUGUCUCUUGAGGGCACAACUAACCUCAUAAGUAAUUUUCUUUUUUAAAAAGCUCUUAUUCACAAGUGUUAAUAUAUUGAGCUGUAAAUAAGCAAUGCAUUGCCUUGCGCAAAGCAUGUGAAGCACUGGAGGUUGACAUUUGAGUAGACAAUGUUAACAACUCAGUUAAUGCAUUUGGGGCAUUUCUGGAUUAAAUGACAGAUAUUGUAUUUUCUACUGCUGAACAUCAAGUCUGACUGGUUGUGCUGGGCAAGAUCAGUGUUUACAUGCAUCAAUGUGAUUGUUAAGGAUAUGUUAUGAAUGUGAAUCCAGUUAAUUUGACAGUCAACCUCAUCAGCCAUUGUAGUUUAAGAUGAAGUUGAGUUGUUUUCAUUUGAGACAGUCACUGGAUUUCAACCUGUGUUUACAGUGAUGUACAAUACUUUUUACAAACCUUUAAACCCGUGUCAUUGUUUCUUUGGGACUACUUGUUUUGAAAAACUUGAGGGAAAAAGCUGUUUGUACAAACUCUGCCAUUUCACGCUUGUUAAAAUAAAACCAUCGGUUGCUAAUUUACAAAUAUC